UCGCCCUGGACACAACACACACGCACAUACACGCAAACACAAGCACACACGCGCACACACACGAGGGACACAACAGAGAAAACCCAAACUGGUCUUGAACUUAACGUAUCUGUGACCAAAGUGCUUGCAGAAAACAGCCUUGUCCUCGCCUACGAACGAAAGAGAAGAACACAGAAUGAACGGAAACAUAUCGUGACAUUAGUGCUCUCGUGACGCUCUGAGAUCUUGAACUAAAUGUAUUCGUGACCAAAGUACUCGCAGAAAAGACUUGUCAUCGUCUACGAACACAAGAGAACAGAAGCAGCGGAAAUACAUUGUGAUAUUAGUGCUCUCGUGACGCGCUGAGAUCUUGAACUUAAUGGAUCCGUGACCAAAGUACUCGCAGAAAAGACUUGUCAUCGCCUAAGAACGCAAGGAAACAGAACCAGCGGAAACAUAUCGUGGCAUUAGUGCUCUCGUGACGCGCUGAGAUCUUGAACUAAAUGGACUCGUGACAGAAAUACUUGCAGAAAACAAACUUGCCCUCGCAGAAGAACGCAAGGAAACAGAACCAGCGGAAACAUAUCGUGGCAUUAGUGCUCUCGUGACGCGCUGAGAUCUUGAACUAAAUGGACUCGUGACAGAAAUACUUGCAGAAAACAAACUUGCCCUCGCCGAAGAACGCAAGGAAACAGAACCAACGGAAAUAUAUCGUGGCAUUAGUGCAUUUGUGACGCGCAGAAGAUACAGGGAAAAAAUAACUAAAUGCAUUCGUGAUCCAAAAUACUUACAGAAAGCAAUCGUGUCUCGCCUACGAACGGAAAAGAACAGAAGCAGCAAAAGGAAUCGUGAACUCUCUAACGCAUUCGUGACGCCCAGAAAGCAAAGAAAAAACUCACACACAAAAAAACAAUCUUGACCUCGCCUACGAGCGCAAAAGAUCAGAACCAACGGAAACCAAUCAACCAAUCGUGACCUCAAUGGAUUCGUGACACGCAGAAAUACAAGAUAAAUAACCAACAACACCAACAACAAAACACUCAUCUUCGCACCACAACGUCUCCCUCUAACUGGACUACCAUGAAGGCUUUAUUAGUGAUAGUGAACGUGAUGGCGGUGGUGUUGAUAUUGUGUCUUGAGUGCCACGCGGAGGACGAAAAGGGAGACGUAAGACACUUCGACACUGGGUACGAUAGUGGUGGUGGUGGUGGUGGUGGUGAGGAGAUUCGAACCCAGAGGACCUUAAAAGCGGAGGUGGACGAGGGCGAUGUUGAUGCAAGUUUGAGAGCCUCGGUUGUCAAGGCCGUGAAACAUCCCAGGUCACGCAAACGAGGUCACGUCAUCAGGUCAAGGUCACUGGACGACUUGGUGACCCCUACGCAGCUGACCUUCCUUGACCUCGCCCACCUGUACCUGCCCGCGAUGACCACCGUGAGCCAGGUGUGCCGACGUGACCUCACUGCGCUUUACAACGGCAUCGCUCAACUGGACGAAAUGAUCAAGAACGGAACGAUAUGGCCCCUGAUGAUGGUGGACUCCUGGGGCAAGUUCUCGGACGGUAUGCUGGAGGGGAACUUGCAGCAGCUCGGCUUCUUCUACGAAUGCCUCAAUGUUAAAGUCUACCAGCCGCCCGAGACCCUUAACGACCCUUUCCACACCAUAAACGACCCUUCCUUACCCUUAAAUCAAGCUUCCACGCAUCAAAACAUCCUUCUAAAGCCUCCAAGCGCCCAUUCUCAGCCUCAUAACUUAAUUUCAAGGACUCAAAACCAGGAUUCGUAUCUUCCUCAGCACCUGGCAAACCUACCCUCAAACUCCCCACUCCGGCAUCAACGUCUCCCUCCCAAGGUGUAUGAAGCGAUAAAUCUACCUCACAGGCUUCUUAGAGUUCCCCCUCAGUCUUCCCUCGACCCUCAAGAGCCCCGAAGACCCCCUCGACACCCCCGCCAAGCCCUGAACGUCCCUACCCACCCUCACCACCUACAGCAAGAUGGACCACUUGGACGAUACACGGAUCUCGACGAUGACGACUCCACCGCGACCACCACAUUGUCUCCCCUCCCUCUAGCGGACUUCAGCGGCCAGUACUGCUUGGUGACUUACGCCCAGGACGAGGAGGAGACGCUGAAGUUACUAAGGGACGAAAGAACUCCCGCCCUGUCCCUGGCCUUCCCCUUGGCGCUCUCCCUCAUGGCCUACGGCACCUGCAUCCCCUCCACCUGUACGCCCGAGGAGCUGCAGGAGAGCGUGGAGGCGGUGCUGUCGGAGGAGGGGCUGCGGGUGGCCACGAUGGACUGCCAGGUGGAGGGGCGCCGCCACACGCUGGGGGGCGCCGAAAUCACCGGCAUGUGAGUGUUUUUUGGGGGGCGGGGUGCUUUGUCGAGUCUCUCGGGGGCAGUCCUUGUGUGCCACGCCUUUCACACACAACACACAGCAUUUCUUUACUGUGCUCUACACUUUAAUGUAACCAAUGAUGCGCUGUUGUUUGAGUUACGAGACACAGCAGGUAACGAAACUAAGAAAAACAAUA